GGUAGUUCUUGACCGCGUACUUCAUGGCUGCGCUCCUACUGUGCCACUUACAUACAGUCUAUACCCUCUCCUAGCCUACCCAACGACCUGGUGCCCCUGACCGCGCUGGGACUCGAGAUUCCCCGCAACGCGCGACGACGACAUCCAUCGUCAACUCCCGCGCAACGACCGACUUCCCUGCAUCACCGCACACGUCACGCGCGAAAAUGUCCGAAGGACGGGAGUCUCAUGAGAAGGAAGUCACCAACGAGGACAGUGCAGCAGGAAUGGAUGCCACCACGAAUGACAUGACUGGCAUUGGGGGAGAACAGUCCAACGGGGCGCAAACGUCAAGGACAGGAGCAUCAGAAGACGGACGCGAAGAUAGUGGCGACGAUCUCUUUGGCGACGAAGGCGACGAAAAUGAUGCUGCCAGCGCGGUGGAUAGAGCCCCACGACAGCUCGACGACGCGGAGCUCGAUUCCGGAGACGAUGAGGGACGCGAGGAUCGCGCGCAGCAUCGAGGAGAUGACGAAGAGCAGCAUCAGCAGCAAUUCGAAGACCAUGAGAUAUUGUCAAUGGACGUGGAGGUCGCGAGACAGCCAGUGCCUGAACCUAGCGACGGCGAGAUGUACCUAUUGAAAGUGCCUGCUUUCAUGUCCAUCGAAGCCGAGCCCUGGCAGGUCACAACUUUCCAGCCCCCCAAGACCGAUCACCACUCCAGGAAACCCGCAUCUGCCACGUUCUCCGCAUUCAACACCGCCAUGACCACGAUGCGAUGGCGGCACUCGCCCUCGGAUCAUUCUCUCUUACAAUCGAAUGCGCGUAUCAACAGAUGGUCAGAUGGCACGUUGACUGUGCAGCUUGCCUCUGACCCCCACAUUCAGUACGAGGUGGAUGGCAAUCCCCUGGCUCCUCCACAGCGAAAUCCGAAGAUACCCACUCCGAUCAGCGCGACAGGGAGGAAACCGGGCGGCAGAGCAGGCCAGUCUAUGGAUGAGAGAUACGACCAGAAAAAUGAUGCCUUCACCUAUCUGGUUGCGCCCGUGGAAGCCGCUGAAGCACUGCGGGUUACGCAUAAGAUUACAGCCGGGCUAUCGAUACAGCAACCAGACAACGCCGAGGACGAUGCAAUCGAGCGCUUGCAAGCAGCUCUGGCUUUAGCAGCAAAUGCAACAAAGGUCGCAGGCGCCAGUGGUCACCUUGAGGUCACUGAGGUCGACCCAGAGGAGCAGCGGAGACUAGCAGAGCAGGCAGAGCGACAGGCGAUGCGAGACAAGAGAAAGCGCGAGAAUGCCCAAGAGCGAGAGCGCUUGCGUACUGACCGAGCUCUGGGUCGUGCCGGUAUUUCAUCCGGUCGAUAUGGCGGUCUCAAUGUUGGCAUGCUCGAAGACGACGAGAUGGAAGGUGGCCGUGGCCGCCCACAAGCUGGAAAGCCGCGUCCGAAACCUCGGAGACGGAGGAACAGCGAGUACAGUGAUGAUGAGGACUAUGGCAACAAACGCUUUACCAAUAGAGAGGACGAUUACGACCAAGAAGACGACUUUGUUGCCCGUAGUGACGAGGAAGAGCUUGUUGAGGAUGAUGAUGAUCCUGAUGAUGGCAUUAUAGAGGAGCCACGAGAGAGAACUCCAAAGAGAGACCGCCCACGAUCUGCGCCUGGUGACAAUGGAAGGAUCGGAGACGACGAGGAUGCAGAGGGUGAGAUCGAUGAAGACAUACCUCAAGUGAGAAGUAAACGCCGCCGGGUCGUGGACGAUGAGGAUGAAGAAUGAACCGAUUGUGUACACUCAGAGGAGGCAUAUCUCGCAGACCUAUAAUGUAC